CUAAGGGCUAACAUGGCGAUGGCAGGCUGAGGAUGAGGUGAAGAAGCAGGGGGAGGCGAGAGCUGCAGCUGCACAGACACACAAGCGGGGCAGAGAGCACAGCAGGGGGGAUUGCAGCAGAGGAAAGGAGAAGGGGAAAAAAAAAAUAAAAACACCCAACCCAACAUUUUCAUGGAGAGCAAAAAUCCCAUGCAAGCUGGGGAGGAUCAGGACUCCUUUGAGCUGAGACCCUUGCAUCAAAAUGCUGAUAGUAGAAAAGACAACUGACUACCCUUCCGCUGAAUACUCUCUGGUGGAGGAUGUAGCCCUCCACUUCACGUGUUUGAUGGACAGACUGAACGAGCAGCGCCUGUUUCAGCCGGACCUGUGCGACGUGGACAUCGUCUUAGUUCAGCAGAAGAGCAUCUUCCCCGCCCACAAGGGGGUCCUUGCCGCAUACAGCCAGUUCUUCCACUCUCUCUUCACCCAGAACAAGCAGCUGCAGCGGGUAGAGCUCUCCCUGGAGGCCUUGACUUCCCAAGGCCUCCAGCAGAUCCUCAACUUCAUCUACACCUCCAAGCUGCUGGUGAACGCCUGCAAUGUGCAGGACGUCCUGAACGCCGCCGCCGUGCUGCAGAUGAACAACAUUGCCUCCUCCUGCCAGGAGCUCAUCAACACCAGAUCCCUCAGCCUGGCCAUGGCCAGCGACAUGGCCUUGCCCCCCGACGCCUGUGGCAACUCUGUCCCCCCGCAGUACUACUGUGAGAUUAAGCAAGAGGUGGACUCUCUGCACCCCAAGAUCUAUGCCCGGGAAGGAAACGAUCCCUACUCGGUGCGAGUAGAGGACAGAAUGGGUGGAGACGGCAACCAGCACCUCCCGGCUGUGGCUGCCAAGCAGUAUUACAAGGAGGAGAAGGACAGUGGCCUGGCCACCAUGUGUAAGAUGGAGGGCGGGGAGUCUGAGGAGGAUCUGGACAGCCAGAGCUCUUACAACCGGGAGCAGAUCAUUGUGGAGGUGAACCUCAACAACCAAACCCUCAAUGUCUCCAAGGGGACGGAAGGGAAGCCCACCGCCAACGAAGCUGCCGCCGUGAUCAGCCGACCGGAUGGGGAUGGACGUGACACCGAGGAGGAAGGGGAGGAGGAAAACGAGGAAGCAGGGGGGGAGGAGGAGGAGGACGCUGAGGUGGGGGAGGAGGAAGAGGAGGAACACAGCGAAGAGGAAGACCUGGAGGAGACCAGCGAGGAGGAGGAGGAAGAGGAAGACGACGAAGAGGUGUCCGAAGUGAAAAGGGAAAAAUCUGGGCAGCCCCGCAGGGGGAGCAGGUCAUCCAAAGCCACCAAGUCCACCAUGUCCACCAGGUCCCAGGAUCUGGCCAAGGUGGUGGAGGAAGAGGAGGGCCAGCGUGGGAGGAAGAGGAAAAAGGAGCAGGAUGGGCUGGGCCCGAAAGUCAAGCUGGAAGAGAAGCAGCACUACCCCUGCAAGAAGUGCCCCCGCGUCUUCAACAACCGCUGGUACUUGGAGAAGCACAUGAACGUCACCCACAGCCGCAUGCAGAUCUGCGACAAGUGCGGCAAGCGCUUCCUGCUGGAGAGCGAGCUCCUGCUGCACCAUCAGACGGACUGCGAGAAGAACAUCCAGUGUGUGACGUGCGGGAAAGCGUUUAAGAAACUCUGGUCUCUGCACGAACACAAUAAAAUUGUCCAUGGCUACGCGGAGAAGAAGUUCUCCUGUGAAAUCUGCGAGAAGAAAUUCUACACCAUGGCACAUGUGCGGAAACACAUGGUUGCUCACACCAAGGAUAUGCCAUUCACAUGUGAGACGUGUGGGAAGUCGUUCAAACGCAGCAUGUCCCUGAAAGUCCAUUCUCUUCAGCACUCCGGGGAAAAGCCUUUUAAAUGUGAGAACUGCAACGAGCGAUUCCAGUACAAGUACCAGCUGCGCUCUCACAUGAGCAUCCACAUCGGACACAAGCAGUUCAUGUGCCAGUGGUGCGGGAAGGACUUCAACAUGAAACAGUAUUUCGAUGAGCACAUGAAAACGCACACGGGUGAGAAGCCCUACAUCUGCGAGAUCUGCGGCAAGAGCUUCACCAGCCGCCCCAACAUGAAGCGCCACCGCCGGACCCACACGGGAGAAAAGCCCUACCCCUGCGACGUGUGCGGCCAGCGUUUCCGCUUCUCCAACAUGCUCAAGGCCCACAAGGAGAAGUGCUUCCGGGUCAGCAACCCCCUGGCUUCGGACACCACCAACCCCGCCAACAACGGCGGCGGCCUCUCCGCUCCCCAGGGUGCCCCCUCGCCUCACUCACUCACUUUGCCGCUGCUCCACCCUCUCCCCCCUCCUCCUCACCUACCGCCACCGCCUCCCCUGUUCCCAGCCGGGCGGGUCAAUUCGAACAACUAGGCCAGCGUGCGCACGGACUGCUCUGCCACGCAGGGAGUGCCCAGUGGGCUGCUCGGUCACGUGACGCGGGGAGAAGGAGGGAAGCGGUUAAUUCUCUCUCUUUUGAUUUUUUUACCCUCCCUUGGUUUUAUGAUGAGCCCGUCAGCCUUCUGGCGAAAGGACAGGUGCUCUGGGCCACAGCAAGCUCCCAGGCAGCGUGGCGUGCUGGCGUUCAAUCAGGGUGUAGACAAACGGCUCUUCUUUCCCUCCUCGUUCCAUGGCUUUAGCGUUUCCCAAGCCCCGGUCAGACUCCUCCUCUCGCCUCACUAGGCAUUGUUGCUGAACUGGUUUACCUCUGCCGCCUAGUGCACUAUUGUAUCAGGGUAAUCCUUGCCACAAUGUCUUCCCGCUUGCACGGGUUCCUCCAUGUGCCUUGCGAGUACGUUAGACUAACGAAGGGCACAGCUCAGCUCAGCCCCAUCGAGCCAUUUCCACUAGUUCCUCACGGCAGACGUAAGGGGGUUUUUAGGUGUUUUUGUCUCGUGAGGCAGCACUUUUAGCUUUGCCGGUGGCUAUUAGUCAGGAACUUGUCCGCGAUGCAUCCUGUGCAAAAUGUUUAAUCAGGGUUGCGCCCCUCUUUAGUAUGCCACUGAAACCACCUGAAAAGACUACAUGUCCCAGCAUGCAGUGCUGUUCCGAAUGGCUUUCUGCUGGGCGAAGGAAGGAACAUAGCAUGCUGGGAGCUGUAGUCUUUGCAGGCUGUGGUAAAGAUAAGGGUUGCCACAUUGCACACUUCGGGUCUGUGCUGCUGUCAGAGGUGUCACUGCGGCACCUGUAGAUGUACCUGAGCUAGCUUUGAUCUAGCUAGCUUGAAGAACAUUUGCACUGAAACUGCAGUGGCAUGUGCCAUGCACACCCAUCCAGGGUCUUGGCUACGUACUCGAACAGCUAGUCUGUACUGCCGUAGCGUCACUGCUGUUAUUUGAGCUACCUAGAUCAAAGCCAGCCUUUGGCAUGUCUACACGUGCUGCCAUCACCCCCCUCUGAUUGCAGCAUAGACCAGCCCUUUGGUAACCCUGCUCUAGCCACCAUAAUGGGUGUUUCAGCCCAAAUCAUCAUUCUCUGGGAAAACUGCCCAAGACAUGGGCACACAGAGAUGCAAGGAUGCACGGGAGCUAGAAUCCCUGUGAGACUGGCUAUUUCACACAGUGAGUCAGCUGCAGGAACAGUCACAAGGAAAGGCCGAGAUGCUAUGUUAUUCUGUGCAUGGUGGAGGGGGAUUUCUAAGUGACACAGGCUACGAAAGCAAAGGAUGGUAAUAUUUCAUGGCAGCUACACAGAUUAGAGGUAGUGGCUGUUAUAUGUAAUCUAGCAUAUUUGUGCUUGAGCCCGUCCCUCGUCCUGAAAGGCUGGUACUGCAGGAGAGAUCUUUCAAUGAGUUCACCACUUCAUUACAGGAAUCCCCUGGUCAUGGCUGAAAUCCAAGCCAGGUUAGGGAGGAUGAGACGUUACCACUCUCUGGCAUCUCCAGUGGCCCACAUGACAUAGAAUCAUAGAAUAUCAGGGUUGGAAGGGACCUCAGGAGGUCAUCUAGUCCAACCCCCUGCUCAAAACAGGACCAAUUCCCAACUAAGUUAUGAGUUAGGGGGCUGUGUAUUAGUGGACAGAGACCCACGUCUCAAAACCCACCAUCACAGCCUGCUCUUGUUAGCAGCCCUUGUUAUGUCUUCCUUCCCAACCGGGAUUCCAAACCCCCCGCCCCCUUCCCCUGCAAUUUGUUAGACUAAAGCCCCAACCCAGACAGCUGGGUUUAAUGAAAGGAUUCACUAGCUCGAUAUGACUUUUUCCCCAAAGGGGCUCAGACCCAUGAUAAAAUCCCAGCUCCGAUGCUAGAAAUGAGCCCCGUGUUUCUAGGAAAUGGGCUGGAGCUGUGUGGGGGCUCCGGUGGUGGAGCCGGAGCAUUCCCGUGGUGAGCUCUCCGUUGGUCUUUAGACGAAAAAGCAGGUUGGAAAGUCGUUCCACUCCAGCCUGAACGGCGCAGCAGGAUCUAGUCCUAGGCUGGACUUCCCUGGAAGUUACUUGUCAUAAUAGUGCCUUACAGUUAUUGAAAGU